AUGGACUUUCAACCCGUUGUCGGGGCUGGUUUCAAACCUCCUUCAGACCACCAGAGGGGGAAUUUAGUCUACGUUAGCUCACAAUCCCUCGCCUGGGCAGGAACACUACACAAACUAAGUCAUCUUAUUCUGUGUGUGUGUGUAUGUGUGUGUGUUUUUUUAAAGUCAGAGCUUGGCAAGCCAAGGACCAGAGGCCUCCUUCUGCCUGAGCCAAGUUUUGUGUAUGGUUUCUAUUACGACCGCAGCGAUGGUGGCGUGCCUGAAGCCAUUGGCCACUGGCGAACAGUGGAACGCAAAGUUGCAGACGGUCAGCUGAAAGUCAAGAGGGAUUUUCAGGCAAUGAAUAAAGCAGCGAUCAAAGCUGGGUUGGUCACUGCAGAUGAGCAUUACCAAUUCAGGGUAACGCACGACAUCGGAGUAAGCCUGGAUCAGAAAGUGAAGAAUGAACUCACUCUUCCCGACAUAGCCUUCGGAAAGCCACCACGGCCUUCGACCCCCAUGUUUGACCUCCUGGAACACAAGUACCAGCAGAAGUGGCUGGAGGAACAGAGGUUGGCCGACAAGGCUAAGAAGAAGAAAAAGUUGCGGGAGGUUAAAAUAGGAAAGAUUUACGAAACCCGGAGCUCGAUAUUACGCAAACAUGUGACGAAGGUGGAAGAACCGCCAAUCCGUCCCCCACCGCACCUACGCAAAAUUCAGUCUCACCUGGACACGUUCAGGACACCCGAGGCACGACACGCGGCUUUCAAAGCUCACUGGCUAGAGUCUGCAGCGAGGAAGGGUAUCUAUGGAAACGGCAUCUACGAGUAUGAUUAAAUUAACUCUUAAAAAUGUCCAGAAAACAGAAGUUUGAACCAGUUAAAGUGAAUUCAUUUUGUAACGUUUGCCGGACAAAUAAUUG